ACUCGGUACAUAGUCGACUGACUAUGAAAUAGCGAUACAGAGAAUGACGCCGGCAGAACUAAGCAGCUAAGCAGAGACGAAAUCAAAUCGAAUCAAACCCUAUGUUGUUCACAGCCGCCAAGUAAAUCAGUUAGUCGCAAAAAGAACGCCACGCGAAUUUUAACAAAACAAUCAAAAGCCAAUACUCUUAAAAAAACAAACAAAAAAAGAAAACGAAAAUAAAGCUGCAAAAAUAUAUAAACUUCAUUUAUUUCCCUUAUUUUGCCAACAAUUUUUGAUUGUUUGUUAUUGCGAAAUUAAAAACGAAUCCGUGCCGAUUUUGUUAUUCCAGUUAAUUGUGCUAAAUUCUAGUUUUAAAACGAUUUCGUUGUCAAACGAAUUUUAUUUGAGAGCUGUUUUAAACGAAAUAAAAAAAAGAAUCUAUCAAUCAAUCAAUAAAGUGAUCAAAAAACACACUGCGCUUACCACAACGAGAUACAUAGCGAAACGAUUAAAAAAAAAACAAAAAUUUAUAAAAAUUUCUACAUUUUCUACAAAACGACAAAAGUGCAUUAAACAACAAAAUACCCCUUAAAUACACUUACACACAAACACAUGCAACGAAUGUAUGAAUUGCGCGUUUUUUAACGAAAUAAAAUUUCUUUGAUUAAAUUUUGCAAACGACUCAUCCUUGGCGUUCCCCUCUAUACGACAUACACAAAUAGUUUUUUUUUAUAUCAACAAUUGCGAUUACCAAGGACAACCAAUAAAAAAACAAAAACAAGGAAACAACGAGGUCCUGCGAACGAAGCCAUAAAUCAAAAGUUCUACCCCAACUUACAUAUUCAAGGAGAGCCCAAAGCCACAUAAGAGGCAACUUCUCCAAAGUAAUUAGCAACUAAUAACAACAAACAAACCAACCAACCAACAAGCCUUUAGCAAAAUGUCAUGGAGAUAUGCGCUUCCUUACGAAAGAUCCUACACUCCCGUUAGCGACAGAUACAGUAAUUUGUCAUAUCAGCUUCCCUACAAAAGAUCCUAUACUCCCGUUAGCGACAGAUACAGCGAUUUGUGUUAUCAGCUUCCCUAUGAAAGAUCCUACACUCCCGUUAGCGACAGAUACAGAAAUUUGUACUAUCAGUCGCCCAGUCGUCUGGAAUCAGCGGCCGGUACCUCUAGCGAACAUACCACAGGACGUCAGUUGCAGCGGGUAUUGCAUUAUUCGAUGACACCAUGCAUGGCCGGCGUUUUGAGAUCGGAAUGUGCUCUGCACGAAGUGGAUUGCGAUGAAGUUUAUCCAGGAAUUUACAUUGGUGAUGCAGCAUCAGCGAAAAAUAAGACUUUCCUGCGCAUGAAAGGUAUUACACAUGUCUUGAAUGCAGCCGAAGGCUGUCGAUAUGGCCAGGUGGAUACGGGUCAUAGUUAUUAUCGUGAUAUGCCAAGCAUAAGCGGAAGAGACAACAAAACUACUUAUUUCAGAUACAUGGGCUUUCCAAUGGUUGAUGCUCCCACAACAGAUAUUUCGCGUUAUUUCUAUGUGGCUGCCAAAUUCAUCGAUAGUGCCAUUAGCAGCGGAGGUAAAGUAUUGGUACAUUGUUUGGUGGGCAUGUCCCGUUCGGCCACAUGUGUGCUGGCCUAUCUGAUGAUCUGUCGAAAAAUGUCAGCUGUUGAUGCCAUACGCAAGGUGCGCAUGCACCGUGACAUUCAUCCCAAUGAUGGUUUCUUACAACAAUUGGCUGACCUUGAUAUGGAACUUAAACGCAAAUGUCUAUAUCCUUACUAGACAGGAGCAAAACGAAACAUAACAAAAUCCCCGAAACCAAAUUAUACCUACGUACAUAUACAUAUAUAUAUAACAAUACGACUAUAUUUAUAACAACAACAAUAAUAAUGUAACACAUAACAAAUACUAUUUAUAAUUAUGUAAAAUUUAAAGAAAAAGGAAAAAAAAACAAAAAACAAACACCUAGUGACCUAGUAAUGAGACCAUUUUAUUCGACCAUUCUUGACAUUGACUUUGACUUUACACUACGGACAAUAGGACCGGAGGAGGAAAACAAAAACGAUCUUUUUGAACUUAUUUUUUAGUAACAAACAAAAGAAAACCCAAAAGAUAUCUAAAACAAUAUUAUUUUUUUGUAGUAUUUUAAUAAUAACUAAUUUUUGUAUUAUUUAAAAAGAAAAUUAUAUACUUUUAAUCCUAACAAAACCAAUUGAUCAUGAAUAAUAAUAUGAAGUAUUUAUAAAUAAAACAGAAAAACAAACAUAUAAACAGUGAUAAUAAACAAUUGUAACAAAUGAACUAAUAAAGCAAAGUGAAACGAAGUACGAGUCGUACAUAGGCAAUGACUUCCACUUGCAUUCAUCCACAUCCACUAUAUAUCCACAUGUGUGCGCAUAUACUCCAAACCAAUUUACUAAGCCCAGUGCGUUACCUAUUGCCACUUGUUGCAUAUUUAGAUGAAGUAGUGCAAAUAUUGGCAGAAACUAUCUCAUGGACCAUCCCUGCGGUGGCCAUGAGGAUUACGAUUUUUUGUGAUUAUUCUAAUGUAUGUAUGUCGAUAUAUCCAUUGAAUCGAGUGUCAGACAAAAUGAUUCUAUUACAAAUAUGAGUAAUUAUUCUGUUAAAUUUUAUGCAGAAAUGUUUUAUUAGCAACAUAUAAUAAAAAAAAACAUUUGUAAAAAAUUGAA